GCGCAAAGCUCUAGGAAUUUCUGCAUAGUUUUAGAGACAGGCUAGGAAUUCCUUCUUAGAUUUGAGAAGGGACGAAGUCUUCAUUGGGGCGGAUUAAGCCUGGAUUAACACUCCCGCGAUAAACCCUAAACCCUACUAGCCUGGGUUUUAAUAUCUCACACACUCUCUCUGCGUUAGUAGAAUCUCAUAAGCAAAAGACAUACCUCAAAGAGAAAAAGAUAAUUUCAUGGGGAAGCAAUUCGGCACAAAACGAGGAUUAAAGCGGCACAAAGUGUCAAAGAACUUUGGAAGCAGUAAGCAUGUGAAAAAGAAUGGCCGUGCUGAAGAGAAAACUAUACUUGGGCUGUCUCCAACUUCCUCAGGGGAUUUAUCCGAAGACAAGUUUAAUGGUGCUGCUUCAGUAGUAGUUAAAAAAGAGUCAAUGUAUGAUAAUUUGUUAAUGACACUGCAAUCGUGCAACAAAUCUCUUGCUAAUGCUUACAAGAAGAGACAAAGAGAAGAAGAAGCUAGAAGCGACUCAGAAGAUGAUUAUGGAUCUCUUAGCGAGGAAGAAGAUGCUGGUGAACAGAGAACUGAUGAUGAGCUCUUAAAAAAACAUGAAAUAGAAAGUGAAAUGCAAAAGCCUAGUACAAUUAGUAUUGAAGCCAGGAAUGAAGAUGAUGUAUCAGAACAUGAUCAAGAUAAAUCAGACACAGAUCAAGAGCAUAGCAUGGACGUCAAUGUCCAAGUGUCGACCAGCUCUUUUCAUGUGCAUUUGGGCUCCAAUUUAUCAGAAGAAGAGGUUCAGAAUCUGUCUAACAAAAAAUGGGAAUAUAAAUGGGAAGUGCCUGCAUUUGGUAAGUUGAAUUGCAAAUGGGUAGGGACGGGAGAAUGUUUUCUGAAGGAUAUUAAUAAAAAUUCUAGUUAUGGUCUGAAGGAAAGAUUAUAUAAGCAUUGGUUAGAUGCUUACAAAAAAUCUCGGGGCAAUGAUUUUUAUUCGUCUAAGCAAAGACUUUUCUUCUCCCUCUGUAAUAGCUACAGGGAUAUACUGCACUGCAAUAAGAAUCCCUUUUAUAUCAAAGGUGUGGAAGAAGACUCGAGUAUCAAGGACGCAUACAUAAUACAUUCUCUAAAUCACAUAUUAUCCACCAGAGAUCUUGUAAGAAAGAAUGAUUCAAAAAUGGCUAAGCAUCAAAAGGGUGCUGAGGAAGAAUUACUUACUAUUGAUGGUUUCCUUGAUCAUGGGUUUACACGUCCGAAGAUUUUGAUCCUAUUGCCCAUUAGAAGUAUAGCGCUUCGAGUUGUUAAGAGGCUGAUACAACUGACUCCUCAGGCUUACAAGGUUAAUGUAGAACAUGUUGAACGUUUCUAUAAUGAGUUCGGAACUCAAGACGAUGAAGAUGGUGAUGAAUUUGCCCAAAAUGUUGGAAAUUCAAAACCUCUGAAGUCUUCAAAACCAUCUGACCAUCAAGCACUUUUUGGUGGAAAUAAUGACGAUAACUUUAUGAUAGGCAUAAAAUUUACCAGGAGGAGCAUAAAGUUAUACAGUGAUUUCUAUUCCUCAGACAUGAUUGUUGCUUCUCCUGUUGCUGUGCAUGGGAGAAUUGAGGAGGCUAUGGGUAAUAAGGAAAGAGAUUUUGAUUUUCUUUCUUCUAUAGAGGUUCUUGUUAUUGAUCAUGCUGAUGUAAUAGCAAUGCAGAAUUGGAACUUUCUCACUAAUGUUCUUGAUCAUUUGAAUCAAAUACCUUCUAAGCAACAUGGGACUGAUAUUAUGCGCAUAAGAAAAUGGUAUCUGGAUGAAAAAGCAAAAUUUUAUCGGCAAACAAUUAUUUUAGGCGAUUAUGUAAACCCAGAUGUUUAUGCAACAUUCAAUCAUCAAUGUCUAAACUAUAAUGGGAAGGUAAAGUUGGUAUGCAAGCAUAAAGGCAUUCUUACAAAGGUCGAACAUCAAGUACGACAGAUAUAUGAGCGGUUUGAUGUAAACUCGAUAGCAGAUGCUGAUGGUGCUCGUCAUGAGUACUUUGCUAAGAAGGUCUUUCCAAAGAUUAAAGAUUCUACUCAGGGAGGAAUCAUGCUCUUUGUCAGUUCUUACUUUGAAUAUGUUAAGCUUCGUAAUUAUCUGAAGUCACAGAAUGCAUCUUUUUGUGCACUUGCAGACUACACAAAACCGAGCGAUAUAUCCCGAGCGCGCCUUUGGUUUUUUGAAGGAAAAAAGAAGAUCAUGCUUUAUACCGAGAGAGUUCACUUCUACCGAAGAUAUAAGAUCCGUGGCAUUAAAAAUUUGAUCGUCUAUUCGCUUCCUGAUAGGAAGGACUUCUACCCUGAGAUGCUUAACAUGAUUGAAGAGGAGAAUCACAGUAACAUGACGUGCACUGUGCUUUUUUCUAAAUUUGAUCAACUCCGGCUAGAAAGAAUUGUCGGAACUGCUCAUGCAAGAAGGAUGGCGACAUCAGAAAAGAAUAUAUUUUUAUUCUGUUAAAAUGACGUCAAAUUCGCAACUGCAUAACUGAGAAUCUGGAAGCUGGAUGGGUAUAUCAAAAUCCAUCCAUUAGCCGACAGAAGGGCAUGACGGAAAACACAAUCGACAUCAAAUACGCAAAAGAUUUUAAGAGAAUGUGUACCUUCCAGAAGGCAGAGCAGAAAAUAAAAAGGGGGCCUUUCUCAGAGAUAAGGUUUUCUUUUUUGGAUGGGAUAAAUAUUAUACCAACAUUUUAGGGAAAGCAUGAUUCAAUUUUUGAGGUCCAUCUCAUUAUUAUUUUGUAUAUCCAACUUCUUAUUUUCUGUUAAGCAAUUAGGUACAACUGUAUUUAGUUGUAUAUAUAAGUUAACAAUUUUGAACU